AUGUCAAAUCCUACACCCGAAGAACAGAUAUUGCAGUUUCAUGCUACGGAGAAAUACCUACGUGAAGCUUUGCAACCAUACCCAAGUUUACAAUUUCCAAAAGCCUUGAUCAUUUGCGGUUCCGGAUUAGGAGGAUUAUCAAAGCUGAUAAAAGAUGAUUUGGAACAUCCCAAACUAUCCAUCAGCUAUGCCGAUAUACCUGGCUUUAAGCAAUCGCAUGUGCCUGGUCAUUUAGGGGAAUUAAUCUUUGGGAUUUUAGGUGAAAACUCAACACCGGUGAUGUGUAUGGUUGGGAGAUUCCAUUAUUAUGAAGGUCAUUCAUUCUUCACAAACACUUUGCCUAUAAGAGUUGCUAAACUUUUAGGUGUUCAGUACGCAGUGAUAACUAACGCUGCUGGAGGAGUCAAUGAGUCAUUCAGACCAGGCGACUUAAUGGUCAUUGACGACCACAUCAACCUUCCAGGUUUGGCGGGCCAGCACCCUCUGAGAGGUUUGAAUCUGGAUACUUUUGGGCCAAGGUUUCUACCGCUAUCUGAUUGUUACGACUUUGACUUGAGGCUAAAGUUCUUCAGAUCAGCCCAAAGCCUAGGUAUAAAUAGAGUAAUACAUGAAGGUACAUAUUGUUACGUAUGCGGCCCAACGUUCGAAAGUAGGGCUGAAGUUCGGAUGAUCAGGAAACUAGGUGCAGAUGCAGUUGGUAUGAGCACUGUUCCAGAAGCUGUGGUGGCCAGACAUUGUGGAAUCAAAGUUUUCGGUCUAAGUUUGAUAACCAAUGCAGCUUUAGCAGAUAAACCACCAAGCGCAAAGGCUGCUUAUUUGUCAGGAUUGGACCCUUCGGAUGUAAGAGAUCAGACAGAUGGUAUGGCUAGCCAUGGAGAAGUCCUAGAAACUGCAAACAGUGCGGCUGCAGAUGUAGAGAGAAUAGUUGAACAUUUCAUCAGUUCCCUGUGA